CGCUCGGGGCCGAGGGGCGGGUUCCGCGCAGGCCGCGGCCCGGACGUGCGGGGCGGCCGGGGCUGUUGGCGGCGCGGCCCGGGGCCCGGCCCCCUCGGCGCCCGGCCUGCGGGACCAGCGGCGGCCACCUGCGGGGUGUCGCGGGCCGGGGGCGGCGGUUGGCCGAUGGAGAAGCCGUAGGGGGUUUGUAUCAUGGCAACAAAUGAGGAUGGACUGGGACUGUUUGAUGUCUGUUAUGGUGAUGGAGCUUCUCCCUUCAAGGAAGGUGAUGAGAGCUCAGUGGAUAUUUACGAUGGCUUGGACAAUGAUUUGACAGUUCCUGAAAAGUCUGCUCCAAAUUCUACACCAGCUGAGAACAGCUUAAAUUUGUUUGAUGAGAUAUUAAUUGAAGAAGGGACUGCAAAGGAAGCAUCCUACCACGAGUUGCAGGCAGAGUAUGGAAAAUGUCAGCAGCAAAUGAAAGAGUUGAUGAAGAAGUUUAAGGAAAUACAAGCACAGAAUGUCAUUCUGCAGAAUGAAAAUCAAGCUCUCAAAAAGAAUAUUUCAGCACUUAUCAAAACAGCAAGAGUGGAAAUUAACCGUAAGGAUGAAGAGAUCAGUAAUCUCCAUCAAAGGCUAUCAGAAUUUCCCAGUCAUCGAAGUAGCUUCACCAGAACUUACCUUCCAGGAUCAACUAAUGGAAGGUGCUCUGAGAUGUGUAAGACAAAAGAUUCCAAUUUCAGACCUUCUGAUUCAGGUGACAGUAUAAAGAUGGAGCACAGAAUGAAAAAUGAGUGUUCAAAAGAUACUUACCACAGUCACUCCUCUCGCAGUACAGACAGUGGGAAGUCUAGCUCUGAAAAAAGAAACACUCCAAAUUUACCAACAUGCCCUCCUGAAGAGCUCUGCAAUGGUGGUCCUCAAAUGUGUCUACCCAACUAUGACCACAGUUCCCACAAGGACAACAGAAAGGAAAGAAAAGAAAUUAAAAGUAAUGAACAGUAUAGUAGGGGAAACGACAAGUACAAAAGAGAAGUACAUCAGAGCACUGGAAACAAGGUAACAACCUGUAGCAAUGGUGAUGGUGAAGAGGGGAAUUCAGAUCCUCAGCAAAAGCUGAAAACCCUUUCAGAGAAGGCUAGUAAGAAGGAGCUGCAAGAAAAAAGUCAGAGCAUAAGACACAAAUGCAGUCCAAGUGCAGAAAGAAGAGCAGAAAGGGGUGUUUCUUCCUGGGAGAAACAAACUGCUGGUAAAGACAGAUUUCAGACAAAGGACGAAUUGUAUGCUGAUGAGAGGUCCCAAAAUGUAUUAAAAAAAGAUGAUAAAACACAUGAUAAAGAUGAAAAAAAUGCAGGCCAAAAAAAUAAGCCAAACGAAAAGCUACAAGAGCAACCAAGGAGGUCUGGUAGAAGGAGUAGUCCACACUCAAAGAAUGAACAUUCUAAGAGUCUUCACGAAUCACGUGAAUGUCGUGUGGAAGAGUCUAGAAAAGGAAAAGACAUCAACUGCAAGAGGGACAGGGGAACAAAUGAUCAUACUUCUCGAGAAGGAAGGACUUCACCUUCUAAUUCCAGCAGCAGAGAGCAUAAAUAUGCACGCUUGAAGGAAAAUAGUAGUAGGUAUGAGUGGGAAACAGCACAUUCCAAAUCAGAAAGACACAGAACAGAAGAAAAAAGGAAAAGAGAGAAUCAGGAUGACAAUAAACAUUUUAGAAAUGAAAGAAAAGUUGCAAAAGAGAUUUCUCACCAAUCUGCAAAAGAAUCCAAGAGAGAUAAGGAUGUUACAAAAAGUGAGAAAAAGAAGUUCAGAGCAGCAGAUAGCUUGAAAGUUCCCAAAACUAAAGAUGAUCACGUUGGGACAAAAAGCAAAGACUUAAAACUUAGCUUUAUGGAAAAGCUAAAUUUAACUCUUUCUCCUGGUAAGAAACAAUGUCCAACAGAUAGACUUAUAACACCUUCCCAGAAGGCCACUGAUGAGGGAAGUACAGAGCUCACACUGCAGGCAGAACUGUUAGAUUCUGCCCAGCCUGUUAACUGUGGUCUCACAGAGCAAACUAGUUCAAUGCUGCAAGUUCUGGACAGUGCAGCUCAAAGCAACAUGGAACCAGUGCUGCCCGUUUCAGCCAGUUGUGAAAAUGAAGCCUUGAAAGUAGCAGCAGCAGCAGAUCCAGCACAGCCUGAGGUAUUGUCAGUGGUGACGACUGAUGAACUGAGCUCAGAAACCUCACCAGAGGCAGAAGUGAGCCAGGUACAGCUCCAGGCCUUGCCAGAAGCAGCAGAAGUACUGGUUCCUGACGAGGUGCAGGCUGAGACAUUGUCUGAAACAUUGUCAGAAGCAGCAGAGACUGGUGAUCUGGUUGAAUCGGAAGUCUCGGCAACAGCAGUGGCAGAGACAGAUCCAAGUCACCCAGAAUCUUUGCUCCUGGAGGUGACAGGGAGUGUGCCAGAGUGUGAAAACUUGCCGGUGACAGUGGGUGUGAUGCAGGAUGUACCAGCAGCAGAAGAAGCGCAAUCUGAACCUGUCAGUGAAAGUAAGGGAGCUGUUUCAGAGUCAGCAGCAGAGGAGAAAGGGGAAGAUAAAAUGUGGCCAGCUGCUGAUACAGGAAGCUCAGCAGACCAGUGUGAUUCUCAAAACCUUGUCUCAGAUGACUCAGAAGCCAAAAGUUCUGGUGCCCUGGAGUCCUGUGAUGUUGCAGAUUAUGUUAGUGAAACAAAACCAGACUCUUUAAUGGAAGUGGUGAAGGACAGUGGUCACUUGGCUUCAGAAAAUGUUGCAUAUCCUGUGGAGGAAAAAAGUAACUGCAAAAUUAAUAUGAGUACAUCUCAGUCACUUGACAGAACUAUGUUAACUGAGAAGUAUGAACCAUUAGUUGACCAGAAUGCUUGUGAUCUGGAGCCAGACCUAACUGAAAUCAGUACGACGUCAUCUCUUAGUGGUGAGAUGUGUCCGAGAACUAAGGAGAGAGAAACUAACCCAGUUACUGUUGAUGAUGACAGCUCAAUACUGAGCAUUGAUCUCAAUCACCUGAGGCAUAUUCCAAAGGCAAUCAGCCCACUGAACAGUCCAAUGCGCCCUUUGGCUAAAGCACUUAAGAUGGAAGGUCCCUGCAAAGGUCUUGUGAAGAGUUAUAAUAAAGAUUUAAAUCCUGAAAGUACAGUUGUCAUCUGUCCCUCAAAGAAUUUGUCAAAGGAGGUAAACAAAGAAAAUCAAAAUCCAGUUAGCAUGUCUGAUGAACGCUUAGAGAUGGAGUCCCAGCUGAGUAUCUCUUCAGAUGAAAUAGAAGAAGGAGAAAUCAUAAGUAGUGAUGAAGAAAAAUCUAAGGCAGAAAGAGGAUCUGAAUGUACAAAAAAGUCAGGACCAAAAACUUCUCCUGAGACACGGAAUUUGAUCCAUAGUCCACAGAAUCAAAAGAGCAAAACUGUGCAUUGCAAGGUGGAUAAUGGAAAAUUUGUUUCUGUGAAAGUAAGUACACAGAAGAACAGAGAGAGGCAUAAAAAUCAGACUUUGAGAUCAUCUAAGGAUAUGAAGAAAAAUAAAACUGUGAGCAUUGCUAGUCUUGAAAAAAUAGUUCAUGUUAUUGUGGAACCUUCAAAUGUACAAGAAGUCAUGCAGAUGCUAAGAGCUAUACGAAAACAGAUGAGGAAAAAUUACAUGAAGUUCAAGGUACACUUCCCAGUUCAGCAUUUUCACAGAAUUAUAGAAUCUGGUAUCAAAAAUUUUACAUCGUUAAUAAAAUACUUGAAUUUUUCCAAGAUGUCUACAUUAGAUGAGACAUUAAAAUUGAGUGUCUGCGAUAUUAUAGAGUCCAAACUUAAGCAAGUUAAAAAGAAUGCAAUAGUGGACCGCCUUUUUGAGCAACAAGUGUCUGAUAUGAAAAAACAGUUAUGGAAGUUUGUAGAUGAACAGCUUGAUUACUUGUUUGAGAAGAUAAGGAGAAUGAUAAUAAAACUAUGUGAUGUGGGAAUUACGGGAAAUGAUAGGGAGGAAGGGAAGUUUAAAAGAGCAGGAAAGCAAAAACACAAGAUGAGUCAUAAAAAUGAUUUGCAAAGAUCUAGGAAAAAGUCCCUGAAAGCCACAUCUCAAAAGCCUGAAGAAUAUAUCCUUUCAAAGCAAGUUGUGGACUAUCAACAACAUAAGGGUCACCAUGGGAAAAAUAAAACAGAUGCACCAAAACCUGCCUUGACAAAAUGUCUUAACUCCAUUGAUAACACAAGAAAUUCCCAAACCAAAGUUCACCUCUCCAAAAAGAAUAAUUUGCAAGGCACUCUUACUCCAUUGAAGGGUGUAAAAUAUGAAAAGGAAGCAUUCCAGCUAUCCAGAGAAGCUAACAAGUCUGAUUUCAGUUUCGAGCUUCUCACAGAACAGCAAGCGUCCAGUCUUACCUUUAAUCUUGUAAGUGAUGCUCAAAUGGGUGAGAUUUUCAAAAGCUUGUUGCAAGGUUCGGAUCUCUUGGAAAAAAAUGGUGGCAAUAUCGACAGAAAUGAGUGGGAAUUUAGGACUCCAGAAAAACAGGUUUUAGACAGUCAUAAGUGCAGAAGUCAUGCUGCUGAACUGAUGCAAGAGAUUGCUGCAAAAGAGGCUUGUGUUGAACCUCGAGCAGUAGAAGACAUGAACUGGCCACUUGUUUCACCUGUAAGAGCUCCCUCUUUAGCAUCUCGGAUUCAGAUGUCUGUUGAUCCAGAUGUGCUAGAUGAAAGCUGUAUGUUUGAUGUUCCUACAAAUGCAGCUUCAGGCAAAGAAGAUGAAGGCAAUUUACAAAAGACUAAAUCUUCUGUGUCUUCUAUCCUCCUUGAAGAUUUGGCUGUUUCCUUAACUAUUCCAUCACCUUUGAAAUCCGAUGCUCACCUCAGCUUUCUAAAACCUGAGAAUAAUUCUAGCUCAGCUCCUGAGGGCGUUCUCAGCGCACAUUACAGUGAAGAUGCACUUCUGGAAGAGGAGGAUGCCACUGAGCAAGACAUUCACUUGGCUUUAGAAUCUGAUAACUCAAGCAGCAAAUCAAGUUGUUCUUCAUCGUGGACAAGUCGGCCUGUUGCUCCUGGUUUUCAGUGUCGCCCCAGCCUACCAAUGCAAGCAGUAAUCAUGGAGAAAUCCAAUGAUCAUUUUAUUGUAAAGAUUAGGCGUGCGGUGCCAUCUACCUCACCAGCAUCUGAUCAGGUGGCUUCAGGGAAAGAGACAAGAGCAUCCUCAACCAAGAUGGAAAAAGCAGAAAUGAGGAAAAAUGAGAGUGGGGAAAAAGAAAGGGGCAGUCAGCGUGUCACAGCAGCCACUGUGCAAGAAACUGUCAAACCAGAUGGGGUUAAGACAAAUCAGUUGCCUCGUGUCAUCACUGGGCAAGAUCAAAAUCCUGCCUUACCUCAGCCUCUAAAUGAGUCAGACAAUAGUAUUGGAAAGGAAGAAACUACUGGGUUGCUUGGACCCUGUAGAAAAUCCUCUAACAUAGAAAGCCACGACACAGAAAGCCCAGGUGAAGGCUCUGAGCAAUCUCAGAUACACAGAUUGAAAGUAUCUGAAAACAUAAAUGAAAUGGAUGUUAGAUCUCAAGCUUCUUUUCCCGCUGGAUGCAGUAUAGAGUCAUACAUAGACUUAACAGAUGAUGUUGUCAGUGAAACUUCAUGUUGUGUAGUGGAAUCCACUGCAGGUAACAGGACUCAAGACAUUUCUACAGGGAACUCAGAAAUGAGUGAUAGAAAGGAAGAACUGGAAGAGUGUGCUGCUGUAACAGAAGAGCUUUCCAAUGGGGUGGUAGCAGGUGGAUGUACUCUUGAAAUAAAAUCCACUUCAAAUACUGAUGUGGGGUGCCACAUAAGUAUAGAUGAUAAAACUAGUAAAAAAAGGAAAAAGGAGGCUCUCAGAGAGAAUUCCAACUCAAAAAGGCAACGAAAAGACGCUGAAGAUGAACAGAGCGAUGCGAGUGAUGCGAAGUCUGAAGAGGUAAAUUCGUCACCUAAACAAUGUUCCAGUAAGAAGAAUGAGUUGCAGCAGAACAAAGACUCUUCUCCUUUGGCUUCAACUGCAUCAUCACCUAGUCUGUAUGCCAAAAACAUCAUUAAAAAGAAAGGAGAAGUAGUAGUUUCCUGGACAAGAAAUGAUGACCGAGAAAUUUUACUGGAAUGCCAGAGAAAAGGACCAUCAAGCAAAACCUUUGUUUCCUUAGCCACUAGGCUAAACAAAAGCCCAAAUCGAGUUUUAGAAAGAUUCAAGCAAUUAAUGAAGCUGUUCAAGAAAUCCAAGUGCAAGUAACCUUACCACCAAGUUGCUUCAUGGUUACAAGUUUUAGCUGUUACCAGCAACAAUGGACUACAACCACUGCCUUCAUAUGGUGGGAUUAGUGGGAGGUAUCCAAGUCAGAAUACUAAGUUUGGUAAAUCUAAUGCACUGUUAAUUAUUUACUUCCCUCUCCAUCUUUCCUCUGAAGUGCUUUAUCAGAAUAACACAAAGGGAACUUCACAAACAAGCUGGCUAGGAAAGACUAGGCAUGUACAAAUGGAACAGUAUCAUUUUCAGGGGGUCUCAUCUCCUCUUGGUUAAGUGUGUUCUAUCAGCAAAGGCAAGGGUGUGCAGGCCAGAGAAAAUGGUGGCUCUUGUAAAACUUGUCAGAAGUGCUGUGUGGGCAUGUUGAGCUAUGCUUUUAUAAAGUAAGAGUGCUUUGGAAUCCAGUCAGUAGGUAACCCUGGAAAAUUACACAUACAUCAUCUUGGUUACCAUCAAACAUAUUUUAAGAAGUUGAGCCUUUUUAUUUUAAAAUAAGGCAAUAAGUCAAGAGUUCCAACAUCUGUGAAAGAGUGAAGCCAGUCAUUAAUGCAGUGACCAAUUUUUCAGAUUCUUUUAAAUUGUGAAAUGCUGUAAUGAGGAUUGAUAUACAAAGAGUUGUCUUGUAGUUUAAAAACAUUUGAAGUUCUGAUGAUAUUUAAAAAGACAGUAUUGGAUUGAGUAAUUGGGUGGAGUUUUUCCCCACAAAACAUGUAUUGGAAUUUUUUCAGUAUUUUUUUUCUUUAUAGAAUGCUAAUAUGUUUUUCUUCUCCAAGUUACAUCUGGGAAAGGUACUUAAUUUAGGUCUUCAAUGUAAUGAACAUUCAGUUUUCUUAAAAAAAAAAAAAUUGACAAGUGAUUUUCUAUUUCAAAUUAAUUUAGAAACAGACCUUUACAGCUUUAUAAAAUAUGACUUUAUACUUACUGAUUGGGAGAAAAACUUCGCUGUAAAAAUAAGCAGUUUCAGAAGCUUGUCAGCUUAGCAGGUUUUGACAGCAAUUGUAUCUUUGUUCACAAAUUGUUUAGUACAUUAGAAAUUCAUUAUGUUCUAUUUUAAAGAACUCUUACAAUUGCUUCCAGUUUCACUAGUACAUACUAAAAAGAUGUAUAUAUGUAUACACACACACACAUCUCAUACAUAUUGCUGCUUUAUCCCCAAUUUCUAAAAAGCUUUUUUUGUCUCCUCCCCCUAAGAAACAUUCCUGGAAGUUGCACAGGUUUUUGUAUUAUGAAUUCAUAGAUGUUUAAGGUUUUAUUCUUUUUUGAGGAUAGGAAUUGCUGUAGUCUUUAUUCAGUCAGAAUAUCUCCUAAGUGUAGUUAGACUUCAUUUAAGAGCCCCACCUAAGUGCAUUGCCUUUCAACUUGGAUUAAAUUGGCGUUUUUUCAGCAUCCAAUUACCACUUCUUCAGUUUAAGCGUAAUGAUUUUUAGCUCCCUCUCCAAUUAACAGCACAGACUUCUCAUUCUAAUAAACCAUCAGAUAAUUUGUCAGGGAUGUUGCAACUGACAUCUAUUGUAAAAGUGACCUAUGGAAUGGAUUGUGAUGCUGCUGAACAGUGCAUCCACCCCCAUUUUAGGUUGUGCUCUGGAAACUGGUACAAGGAACAACUUGAGUAGGUGUUGAUGUCAGUUCUGACAGGCUUCCGUCUUACGUGCUUGCUUCUGAAACGUUUGCCUUUGAUGGUCAAGUGUCAUCUUCCAUGCUAUGCCAGCAGCACCUAGUGAUACCAAUGGGAGGGCUGGUAUUCCUACCCAUGCUUGUUCUUAACAAACAUUUGUGGUAAUUGUUUACUUAUUGGAGAUUUAAAUGGAACUGAAUCUGCUCUCAGAACAGUCAGUUUGCAGAGCAGCGUUCAUGCUUGUGUAAAAAUCAGACUCCAUUAAGAGUGUUUUUAACCAUAUCCUUAGAGAUCUAAAUGUGCACAGUGCUGAAGGCACUGAGGGAAUUAGCUUCUCUCCACUUAAGUGCUUCCUCUCUGUCUUGAAAAAGCAGACAGUAUUUUAUUACAAAGUUGUUGAUUCCUUGUCUGUGUUUAUUUACCUUCUUACCUGUACAGGUGAGAGGAGGGGCAGGGUUUGACUGUUUUAGUUCUGACUUUGGGAUUCUUUUUUUGUAAAUUAUGGAACUUUUUUUAAUGUUGUGUUUAUUGUAAGUAUGUGUACAGGUUCCUACGUGGUCAUGUAAAAUACCUGAUGUGUGUAUAUAUAAAAAUAUAUGUAUAAAAAUAGAGCUUUGUUUAGCCAAAGAUGAUUUUUUUAACUAUAUAAAACUCCAGGUUUAUUUUGUAUAAACUAGUUUGCUUACUGUAAGAGUAAUGCAAAAAAUAAAAAUGUUAAACUCA